AUGCCGCCACGUUCGGCUUAUCGGCUCGCUGUUUGCCGAUGCGUCACCUAUGGUUGUGGACAGCAGCAAUAUAUUGACGCCGAUGGAAACCAUCAGACCGGCAAUCGAAUCAAUCACACAGGAGUCAAGGCUCAUCAACUCGCAGACCAGCUUCAGAACCUGUCUAUGACGUCCGAAAACCAGCCCGCGCGUAUGCUGGGUCACAUACCAGUCGAUGAACUUGCCCAUCGUCCCUUGCGACCUUCUGCAGACCGCGCGUUCUCUCAGCCGCGCGAUGUACCCGAAUCGUCCACCCGAGCCACUUCCAAUGGCUUCAGCGCCGAAGCUGGCCCUAGUAACCGCCCUUUUCAUGCCAAUCCAACUCAGAAUUCACAAAAGGAUGCAUUUGAUACAUCGCCGUACUUGGAAGACGAAAUGUACAGCAUCGAUCCAGUUUUACUGUAUCCUAUUCUUUUCACUGCGUCUCUUGCGCUCUUUUCCAAUUUAUCCGUACGCACCACUAAUUGGGCGCUGAAGUCUCAACGCGGCUUUGUAAAAUUGAUCAAAGAGUCUGGCUCUACACCUGCCCAAGCUCGCACGGAUUUAUUGUACACCGAACAGAAGGAACUAGAAGAGAUUCCAUCUAAUAUUCACACGGUUUUUUCGAAGCUUAAUCUCAACCCUCGUCUCACGGUUCUCAACACAUGUCCAUCUUGCUUCGCUAUGUUUCCAGUUGAUCACGCACCUGAAGUCUGCAACUUUCCAAUAAACACGGUACCUGGAUUAUUUAAAUUCGCAUUUCUUCCGCCGUCCCUUGAAACAUCCGAUGCUCACAUGGCCCCAAACAGUACAAGUUGUUCUCAACCGCUCUUCAAGAAGCAUCGGCCCAUCCGUCAAACGGGAUUCCAGGACCUCGAGGCUUGGAUCGCGCGGUUUAUCUGUCGGCCAAACAUUGAGGAGAUGCUUGAUAGAUCUCUCAAGGAAUCUAAUCAACCGUUUUGGGCCAUGCAAGACGACGAGGUGGAUGAGCCUGAACCAAGACCACCUGCCGUCCCCGAAAUUCGAGACUUAUUAUGUGAUUUGGCAAACGAAGAUUUCAACGAGCAUUCAAACCCUCCUUCGGAAUCUGAUGAUCCGUCCUCAUCAACACACCCAUCAGCUCCUCGAGUUCGUAUAGCAAAUCUUGCCUGCAGUACAGGUAAUUCUUCCACAGACCCAGAUUACGAGAAUCAAGGAUGGGCAGGCGAGCUGGAGAUCACAUUCAUCAAAACCUUUUGCCGAGCCGGGAAUCUUUCAUCUCUAUUGCGAGAUGCAAGACUUCCGGAAGCCAUACUUCCUUAUCGAUCCCAGCUAUUGAGUAUCAUCGAUCCAGAACCCUUUGUCGCCCAGACCUUCCCGCAACCUGAUCGACGCUCACCGAUCGAAGUCGAAGUUUUUCAACAACUGGUCCAUCGACUCAACUCGCAAAAGGUCAACAACCGCCGGUGGAUACCGUCAACUGAGUGGUGCCUUUUGUCAAAAGAAGGAGCUGCGUCUUAUUCACCUGUUGCUUCAUCCGCAAUAUUUGUACCUCGUAUAACUCGGGAAGGGGUAAUAUACUCAACUGUAUCUGACAACCCAGGCAACAGUGUAGUGCAGACCCAACAAGGAGGAACUACAUCCUUUGGUCAGAUACUGUCAAUUUUCCAUCACCGAAGAAUUCCAGUGGUAGAAGGACCCCCGAUCUCUGACACUUGGAUCUCAAUUCGAGAAUUCCCUCCCAUUCCCAUGAGCCAACCAAAUCCUUUUCGAACCCUAGCAAAGCCGGAUAUGCAGACAUACUUGCGUCUUGAUAUUUCCCGACCACCCUCACUUAUCCACAUUGAUGAGAUUGUAGCCCACUGUGGUUGGAUGACCUAUGAACCUGAAGAAGUAACCGACCAAUUGAAAUUGAAAACUAUUGCCUUGGUCUCAUUGGACCGAUGA